UCCCAUCCGGGAGUCGGAGUGCUGUUUUUGUUGUUGGUGAAAGGUGAGGGAACAGCUGAUCCUUCUGUGGGAGAUUAGUUGCUGUUUUCAGGUGUCAUAAGUCAUUCCUAGGAGCAGCUAGGUCAGCAACCUCAGGAGUGGGAGGGCAGAUAUCCCAAGGGCAUGAUGGAAGAGUCAUCAAUAAGCCGGGCACCAUCCCGGGGUGCAGUCAACUUUCUAAAUGUAGCCCGGACCUACAUCCCCAACACGAAGGUGGAAUGUCACUAUACCCUUCCUCCAGGCACUGUGCCCAGUGCCAGUGACUGGAUUGGCAUCUUCAAGGUAGAGGCUGCCUGUGUUCGGGAUUACCACACAUUUGUGUGGUCUUCAGUGCCAGAAAGUACAGCUGAUGGUUCCCCUGUUCAUGCCAGCGUCCAGUUCCAAGCCAGCUACCUGCCCAAACCAGGGGCCCAGCUCUACCAGUUCCGAUACGUGAACCGCCAGGGCCGGGUGUGUGGGCAGAGCCCACCUUUCCAAUUCCGAGAGCCAAGGCCCAUGGAUGAACUGGUGACCCUGGAGGAGACUGACAGUGGCUCUGACAUACUGCUGGUUGUCCCCAAGGCGACUGUGCUGCAGAACCAGCUGGAUGAGAGCCAGCAAGAACGGAAUGACCUGAUGCAGCUGAAGCUGCAGCUGGAGGGAGAGGUGUCGGAGCUGAGGAGCAGAGUACAGGAGCUUGAGAGCGCUCUGGCAACAACCAGGCAGGAGUGUGCGGAGCUGACAGAGCAGUACAAGGGACUUUCCCGGUCCCACGGGGAGCUCACGGAAGAGAGGGACAUCCUGAGCCGGCAACAGGGAGACCAUGUGGCACGGAUCCUGGAGCUGGAGGAUGACAUCCAGACCAUCAGUGAGAAAGUGCUGAUGAAGGAGGUGGAACUGGACAGGGUUAGAGAUACAGUGAAGAUCCUGACUCGGGAACAAGAGAAGCUCCUUGGACAACUGAAGGAAGUACAGGUAGACAAGGAGCAAAGUGAGGCUGAGCUCCAAAUAGCAGAACAGGAGAACCGUCGCUUGAAUUUGGAGCUGCAGGAGGCCAAGGGCCGGCGGGAGGAGCAGGGUGCUCAAGCCCAACGACUGAAGGACAAGGUGGCCCAGAUGAAGGACACCCUAGGCCAGGCCCAGCAGCGGGUGGCUGAACUGGAGCCCCUGAAGGAGCAGCUGCGAGGGGCCCAGGAGCUUGCAGCCUCAAGCCAGCAGAAAGCAGCCCUUCUGGGAGAGGAGUUGGCCAGUGCUGCAGGAGCCAGGGACCGCACCAUAGCUGAGCUACACCGCAGCCGCCUGGAAGUGGCUGAAGUCAGUGGCAGGCUGGCUGAGCUCAGUCUGCACCUGAAGGAGGAAAAGAACCAGUGGAGCAAGGAACGGGCGGGGCUACUACAGAGUAUGGAGGCAGAGAAGGACAAGAUCCUGAAGCUGAGUGCAGAGAUACUGCGACUGGAGAAGGCACUCCAGGAGGAGAGGACCCAGAGUCAAGUGUUCAAAAUGGAACUAGCCCGGGAAAAGGAUUCUAGCCUGGUACAGUUGUCAGAGAGUAAGCGGGAGCUGACAGAGCUGCGAUCAGCCCUGCGCGUGUUCCAGAAGGAAAAGGAACAGUUGCAGGAGGAGAAGCAGGAACUACUGGAGUAUAUGAGAAAGCUGGAGGCCCGCCUGGAGAAGGUGGCAGAUGAGAAGUGGAAUGAGGAUGCUGCCACAGAGGAUGAGGAGGCCACUGCAGGACUGAGCUGCCCAGCAGUUCUGACAGACUCAGAGGACGAGUCCCCAGAAGACAUGAGGCUCCCGCCCUAUGGCCUGUGUGAGCAUGGAGACCCAGGUUCCUCUCCUGCUGGGUCCCGAGAGGCUUCUCCUCUCGUUGUCAUCAGCCAGCCAGCUCCCAUUGCUCCCCACCUCUCAGGGCCAACUGAGGACAGUAGCUCUGACUCGGAGGCUGAAGAUGAGAAGUCAGUCCUGAUGGCAGCUGUGCAGAAUGGGGGUGAGGAGGCCAACCUGCUGCUUCCUGAACUAGGCAGUGCCUUUUAUGACAUGGCCAGUGGCUUUGCAGUGGGUCCUCUGUCAGAGGCCAGCUCUGGGGGCCCUGCCACCCCCCCAUGGAAGGAGUGUCCUAUCUGUAAGGAACGCUUCCCUGCUGAGAGUGACAAGGAUGCCCUGGAGGACCACAUGGAUGGACACUUCUUUUUCAGCACCCAGGACCCCUUCAUCUUUGAAUGACACCCCCCCAAUACAUGCACAAAUGCACAUGUACACACACACACACACACACACACACACACACACUCUCAUGCACAGAUGUUCCCUUAGGUCUCAUGCCUAUUUUCCAUCACACUGGACUCCGUGAUAUUCUCUUCCAUAAGAACCACCCCUGUGUGCCCAUAUUUUCAUCCCAAGCUCUAACUUCAUCCUCUCCCACCUGGUUCUUUUGUCCCAGGCAGGGAUUCUUCCUGGAAGCAGUGGCUGAAUUUACCUCCUGAAAGUGGUUUUGGAGGAACUGGGAUGGAGGAGCCCUUCCCCCGUGGGAAGAGUAUCAUCCACUCCUAGCCCUAGCUGCUUCUGUCAGUCUCACCAGCCACCCAACCACCACCUCCACGACCUCAGACAUACUCACACAUGCACUCAACAUUCACUUCCCUCUCUGAUGCCCCAAAGCCAAUUCCUGGGGCACCCCCCCUCUCUUAUUUGGGGUUUAUGUUUGUUUACUUGAGUUUUCUCUGAGACUUGCAUAGAGGCAGCAGCAUGGACAACAUGACCUCUUCAGGUCUCUUUUGGUCCUAAGCUUCAUUGGUUCCUCUUUCUGUUCCCCCCAUUGCCUUCUGCUCCCCAGUCCAGCCUUUUCCAUAGCAUUGGAUAUUAUGUUUGGAGGUUUCUUUUGUAUUUUUGAGUAUUCUAUCUCCUACUAUUUCCUGUCACCACCCCACCACCAGCAUCCUCACAUGGAAAGAAAUAAUGCAUUUGUGCCUUCUGUGAGGAUGGGGGGAGCAGGUGGUCCCAGGUAUUCCCAUUUCCCAGCCCCUCCUCCCUUUCUAAGUCCCCCCACAGCAAUAAGAGCUUUCACCUUGAUAUCCCUCCCCCCGACCUAUAGUUUGGACAGAUAUAUUUAUAUGAUAUGUAUAACUAUUCUAAUAAAAUGUGUUCUUAUCAUGA